GUAAUUUUUACUGUUAAAACAUGGCUGAAGAUUCUAUUACUUCUUCGUGUAAUGAUUUAGAUCUCAUUCUUAUUGGUAAAUCUGGGAAUGGAAAAAGUUCAACGGGUAACUCAAUUCUAAGACGAGAAAAUGUUUUUGAACCCAGUUUCAACAUGGAUUCUGGCACAAAAAUACCACAGUAUGAAUGGAGUGAAUUUGAGGGCAGAGUUGUGCAGGUCGUUGAUUCACCUGGUGUUUUAGAUACGUUUGAAGAUGAAGCAGGGGGAAUAACUCUGGUACAUGACGCUUUACAGAACGCCAUGUUGGCUAACCCAAAAGGUUAUCACGCAUUUCUUGUUGUACUGAAGUUUGGAAAUCGUUUCACAGUAGGGGAACAGCAAACGGUUCAAAUUCUGAAAGGAAUUUUAGGCGAGAACUUCCUUAAAGACUACGGUAUAAUUGUAAUGACGAACGGGGAGACAUAUGAACAAAAUUGUCGAAAAGAUAAAACACUGAGCCUCGAAACAUUUUGUGCUGAUCAGAAAGGCCCCUUUAAAAGUAUCCUAGAGGAAUGUAAUAACAGGAUCGUUAUCUUUAGUAACCUAACGCAAGAUGAGAAUGUGAAGAACAGACAAGUUCAACAGCUGAUUGCAAUGGUUGACAAACUGGGAAACGAUGGUCGCAGAUACACAAAUGAACACUUUAAAAGAGCUGAUAAAUUUUACCAGCAUCUUCUAGUUUCAACAUUGAUACCACUGUUAACCAAACAAAUUCUAAAAGAACAAAGUUUGAUAAUGCAAGCAAUAAAAGCUAUUGAAACUUUGCCAGAGCAAAGUGAAAAGAUUGAUUCAUUGGAAAACAUUAUGCCAAGACUUGAAAAAUUAAUAAAUAGCUUGAAAGAGAAAGAUAAGGGAACUGGUAAACUGGUCGAUUUUAUAACAAAUGCAAACGACACCAAAGAUUUGGUAAAUGCUUUUUUACAACUGUAUAAAAGCAAAGGUAGCAAGCAGGCAACGACAGAAGUCUUAAAUAGUUUGAAUCAUCAAGCAACUCAAAUAGAAUGUACAAGACAAAAUCUGCAUCAGAAAAUGAAGAAAUCAUUUUUUGAAAAAUGUAGAGACUUCCUAAAACAAUUUGGUCCUUUUAUUUUUGGCUCUGCUGAAAUUUUAGCCAAUGUUCUUUUAGCUUUAUUUAAUUGAUUGCAUCAACAACAUACCUAUUUAAAUCAUUGUAUUUUUUGUAAUCUAGUGAGCAAAAGGUUUGAUUUUUUAUUUUCAA